AUAAAGGCACGACAGACCGCACGGCGUGCCAUUUGUUGUUGAGUCUAGCCGUCAACGAGAAUCGUCAACGUGCGAAUUAAUUCUAAUUACAUCCUUUGCUUCGCCUAAAAGAUAAUCAACUGCCAAGAUGUGUGACGAUGAUGCGGGUGCAUUAGUUAUCGACAACGGAUCGGGCAUGUGCAAAGCCGGCUUCGCUGGUGAUGACGCCCCACGUGCUGUCUUCCCAUCGAUUGUGGGUCGCCCACGCCACCAGGGUGUGAUGGUGGGCAUGGGUCAGAAGGACUCGUAUGUCGGUGAUGAGGCGCAGAGCAAGCGUGGUAUCCUCACCCUGAAAUAUCCCAUUGAGCACGGCAUCAUCACCAACUGGGAUGACAUGGAGAAGAUCUGGCAUCACACCUUCUACAAUGAGUUGCGUGUGGCCCCCGAGGAGCAUCCAGUAUUAUUGACAGAGGCACCCCUCAAUCCCAAGGCCAAUCGCGAGAAGAUGACCCAGAUCAUGUUCGAGACGUUCAACUCCCCGGCCAUGUAUGUGGCCAUCCAGGCCGUGCUCUCCCUGUACGCCUCCGGUCGUACCACUGGCAUUGUGCUGGACUCCGGUGACGGUGUCUCCCACACUGUGCCCAUCUAUGAGGGUUUCGCCCUGCCCCAUGCCAUCCUCCGUCUGGACUUGGCUGGUCGCGAUUUGACCGACUACCUGAUGAAGAUCCUCACCGAGCGCGGCUACUCGUUCACCACCACCGCCGAGCGUGAGAUUGUGCGCGACAUCAAGGAGAAGCUGUGCUACGUUGCCCUGGACUUUGAGCAGGAGAUGGCCACCGCUGCCGCCUCCACCUCCCUGGAGAAGUCGUACGAGCUGCCCGACGGACAGGUCAUAACCAUUGGCAACGAGCGUUUCCGCUGCCCCGAGGCCCUGUUCCAGCCCUCCUUCCUGGGCAUGGAGUCGUGCGGCAUUCACGAGACUGUCUACAACUCGAUCAUGAAGUGCGACGUGGACAUCCGUAAGGAUUUGUAUGCCAACUCUGUGCUGUCCGGCGGUACCACCAUGUAUCCAGGUAUUGCUGAUCGUAUGCAAAAGGAAAUCACUGCCCUGGCCCCAUCGACCAUCAAGAUCAAGAUCAUUGCGCCACCUGAGAGAAAGUACUCCGUCUGGAUCGGCGGCUCCAUUCUGGCCUCUCUCUCCACCUUCCAGCAGAUGUGGAUCUCGAAACAGGAGUACGAUGAGUCCGGCCCCGGCAUUGUUCACCGCAAAUGCUUUUAAAUCUUUCCCACGUCGCGAAAGAUAU